AUGGCGAGUGGUGCUUUCAACAACGUCCAAAGGAUCUUGUGGUCCGUUUGUUUCUUGGUAUUGACAACAACAACAACAACACUACUGUUACAAGCACAACAAGUCGUGGCGUACAAUGAGGCAGCAGCUCGUGCGGGAAGGCCCAAGCUCCUCUCCGCCCUUUUAAAGAAUCGGUUUCCUCGUCGUUUGCAACAGCAACAGAACAAUACUACCAGUACUAGUAGUAAUACUAGUAAUAAUACUAGCAGUGGCACCACCUUUACCACGGUUUGGACAGAAGACGGCUCCAACAUGACCUUGUCGAAAGAUCAGUGUGAUGCCUACUGUCCUUGUUCAGCAUCAGACACUACUGAUGUAUCAUCAUCUGUAUCCGUAUCCACAGAACACCGCUUGAAACUGCGCUUUCUCAAUUUUGAACCAGGCGGCGAAUGGUUGGAACCGAUUGCCCGGGCAUUUGAAGCCCACCACAAUGUCGAAAUUGAAUUGGUCUAUAUAUCGAUAUCAUGUCAUCGGCCGAAGAAGUCGUCAAUGAAGCCAAGAGUCGAUUCGAUUCGAUUGGCAUUCUACUGUAUGAUGGAUUCUUUACAUUUCCAUCUCUCGUUGUUGGCAGGCGAAGCAAGUACUGGAACAUGA